UCCUCUGUCUCUCUCUCUCUGUCUGUCAGUAAUCUUAGUCUCAGUACAACUUUAAACUUCUGGAAUAACAAUAAUAACACUCAUCGUGGUGUGUAUGUUCAUGUUCGUGUGUCUGUGUGUGUGUGUUUGUGUGUUUCAGUAGACCAGCGCCCCUCAGUGUUAUGGGUGAUGUACUUCAACAUGAGAGAUAGCUCAGGAUUGGCUGAGAGCAGCUACGACCUGCCCAAUAACAUCCAUGUGUGCUCAGGGCCUGACAGCUCAUUGGGCAGUCAGCACUCCAUCUCUCUGGCGGAGUCCGUGUUCCAGAAGAUUCUUCCAGAGGAGGAGUUCUGUCCCCCGGCGCCCAACCCUGAGGACAUCCUCUACGAUGGAGACACCCCCUCAGAGGGCUUCACCCAGGGGGGGGAGGAGACAGGGGAGGAGGGGGAGGGAGGAGAGGGAGAGGGGGGAGAGGGGAAGGCAGAGGGGGAGGAGGGAGAGGGGGACGUGCAGACAGGGGAGAGUGUUACAGAGCAAAGUCCAUCCACAGAAGAGUAACUCUCCUCCUCUCCCUCUCCCCUCCUCUGUUCCUUCCCCCCUCCUGUCCAGUCACUUUUUAUUUCCUGCACAGUCCAGUUGUGUGUGUGUUCAUCUCUCAGAGUGGAGAGGAAUGGCCUUUGUCUUUUUUAUUGUUAUUAUUGUAUUAUUUUGUUUCUGUCUGUCACAUGUUAAUAUGCUCAGAGUUCACUCACGCACACACACACAGACACACACACUCACACAGACACGCUGUGCCAUACAUUAGCAGCUCCACCUGGCGUGGUCUCCAUGACGAUGAUCCAUGACAAUAAAGUGUUUCUGGAAACCUG